AAACAGCUCUCCUCGAUGAGAUUAGCGUUCAGUUAUUCUUCCUCCUCCACCCUUCGUUUUUCUCUCAGUUCGCUGCAGAUUCUGAUCAGUGUAAAGAUGUCAGAAGGAACAGCAAAUUGCAUCGACAUACUCUUAGCUAUUAUCCUCCCUCCACUCGGUGUCUUCCUCAAAUUUGGCUGCAAGGCUGAGUUCUGGAUCUGCCUUCUUCUCACUAUAUUAGGAUACAUACCAGGCAUCAUCUAUGCCAUCUAUGCUAUCACCAAGUAGUUCAAGUACUGAUGCAGCAGAUCUGAUGCUUACUCUUCAGAUCUCAACUUCUGAUCAUACUUCCUCUUUGGAUUCAUGCUUUUUGUUUUUUUCUUUUCCUUAUUUUGUGAUUGUUUGGUGUGCUAUAUAUCUGAUCUCUCUACUUGUCCCGUCUGUCUAUAUUAUGCUGUACGUAAUUGGAGCGAACGUUUCUGUUGUAAAUUGAUGAAGUUAAUUAUGUAAUUUGAGACUUUCGGCAGUUUGUGACAAAAAAAAGAGGCAGGUAGAUAUGGCGGAUCAUAAAAGUUGAGUUUU